AUGCUGCGCCUGCUGGUGGCCGGUGCCCACAUCCCCAGGGUCUCUGGCUGUGGGCAUGGGGUGCACGUCUCUGCCCGCUUCCGAGGUGUCCCCAGGAGCACCCGGGUGGUGCCAGAGGAGCACAGCCCCACCUGGAAUGAGACGCUGGCAUGGCCACUGGGCACUCGUCCCCUGGCCCCCACGGACAGCCUGACCCUGCGCCUCCGGCACUGGGGCCAGCCAGCGUCCCAGGGGGACCUGGGUGCCGCCACGGUGUCACUGGACCGCUUGGUGGCCGACCCUGGGCUGCUCCUGACCCUCGGUGACAUCCCUCUGCUGGACCCUCAGGGACAGCCCACAGGGUGCACUGCCACCCUCCGCUGCUCCUACACCCCCCGCGGCGGGGCUGGGGACGCCGCCGCAGUGCCCCUGCCAGGGCAGAUGCCACCUCCAGCCGCGUCGUCGGGGUCACCACCACAGCCCCGCAGCAAAGCGCCGGCAGGGAGCGAAGAGGAUUUCCAGGUGCGGGUGAGGGUGAUCGAGGGCCGCCGGCUGCAGGGCAAUGACAUCCGGCCGGUGGUGACGGUGCUGAUCGGAGAGCACCGCUUCAGGACCAGGAUCCGGGCGGGCAACAACCCCUACUACAACGAGGUCUUUAGCCAAAACUUCCACCUGACGCCAGCCCAGCUGGCAGCGCAGCUCAUCCGCAUCCAGGUGCUGCACUCCCGAGCCAUCCGUGCCAACGCCAUCAUCGGGGGCUCCCAGCUGGACGUUGGCACCGUCUACCGAGCACCAGGACGCUGCUUGAGCUGGAAGUGGCUGAGCCUGCAGCACCCCCAGCGCCCCGAGGCUGGCACCCAGGGGUACCUCCGGCUCAGCCUGGCAGUGCUCCGCGCUGGAGAGACACUGCCGGAGCAGGAGGAACCAGGGAAGGAUGAGGACGUGGAGGCCAACCUGCUGCAGCCAUCGCCCUGCGCAGCCACCCUGCAGCUCCGCAUCUACUGCGCUGAGGACCUGCCGCAGGCGGUGCCAGGCUGCCGCUGCCUGCCCUUGGCAGUGGCUGGCGGUGGCCAAAGAGGCUUCGUGGCAGCGGCUGUGAGAGUCACCUUCGGGGGCAGGACACUCUGCACCCAGGUGAUGCCCCCCAAUGCCAACCCGGUGUGGAACGAGGUCUUCUUCUUCCCGCUGCGGCUGCCCCCCAUCUGCGACGAGAUCCAGCUGGCCAUCCUGGGCGGCUCCUGCAGCAGCAAGGUCCUGGCCACUGCCACCCUUGACCUCUCCCAGAUCUCCUCUGCCGGUGCUGAGCUGGAGGAUGGACCCCCUGGCUUCCUGCCCUGCUUUGGACCUUCCUUCCUCCCCUUCUAUGGGCCCCGGCCCGAUGCUGCCAGGGCAGCUGGCACCGAGCUGGGGGUGGCUUACCGGGGCCGGGUGCUGCUGGAGCUCAGCACCCACAUGCGGCCCCCGGAUGGGCGCCAGCGAGACAGCAUCAGCCCCGAGGACAUCAGCCGCGUGCAGACCCACCUGCCCCGGUGCCGCUUUGGCCUCUGUGGGGUCUUUUACUCUGCCACCAUGGUGCCCCCCGGCCCCGAGCUGCUGCGCUUCGAGCUGAGCCUCGGCAACCAUGGGGACAGCAGCGAUGCCACCUGCAGGCCGGCUGCCUCUGCCACCCAGCACGGCUGUGCCCUCUUUGAUGGGAACCGCUACCACUACCUGCCCUGGUUCGGGGACAAGCCGGUGGUGGCUGUCACCUCCUGCUGGGAGGAUGCCAGCCACAGGUGGGAUGCCCUCAACCUCCUGAGUGCCCUCUGCCGGCGGCUGGAGAGGAACGUGGGGGAGCUGCAGGACGCUCCUGAGGACUCCAAAGGGACCAUCGGCAGGAGGCUGCUGCGGCAGCUGGCACAGGACUGCGGGUCAGAGCGGGGGGGGCAGGGGGUGGGGGGGUCGUGGGUGGCCCUGAAGUGGCGGCGGGCGCUGCGGCAGCUGGCAGCGCAGCCCACCCCCACGCCGCUGGAUGCCCACCUGCGUGCCAGUCGCCUUCACCUGCUGCGGCAGGUGGCAGCGGCGGCCGCGGCGCCGCCGAGGGCCGGCUGGGAAACGCUGCUGCCGCUGGCCGAGGGCUGGCUGCGGCGUGCGGCCGCGCUGGCCGUCGAGCCCCAGGCGGCGGUGCCCGACGUGGUGCUGUGGCUGCUGCGGGGGGGCCGGCGGCUGGCCUGCGCCCGCGUCCCUGCCACCCAGGUCAUGUUCUCCCCGAGGGGCUCCGCUGCCUGCGGCAGGCUCUGCGGCAGGGUCCAGACCCUCUUCCUGGUGACCCUCUCGGUGCCCCCCUCCCCGUGCCCUCCACCCCCCACGUGCCCUCUGUCCCCGCGGGCGCAGGGCUGUGGGGGCCUCUGUGCCCAGCUGCGGCUGCAGCUGUGGCUGGGCCGCGUGGCGGACAGCAGGGACCUGGCGCGGCACCUCGGGGGCACCCUGCACGUCUACGCCGAGACGUACGAGAACCAAACCAAGCUGCUGGGCAAGUGGGGCCCGCGGGGGCUGCUGGGGUGCCCGGGGUUCUCCGACGGCGUGGGCACGGCCGGGCUGCCCAGGCACCGCAUCCGGCCCCCCAGGGGCUGGCGCUGGGACGGGCCCUGGACCGUGGAGCCCCAGUGGCGGCUGCUGCUGGACGCCGAGACCAACGUGAGCGAGGUGCUGGAGGAGCUCUACGAGAACCAGAGCCGGAGGCCAGGGGGAGAGUGGGCACCUGGCACCCCUGGCACCACGGACAGCAGUGGCGCAGAGAUGCCACCCAAGGAGGAGCUGGAGUGCCCCCAGGGCUGGCACAUCACCGAUGGCUGGCGGCUGGACAUGGCAGGGGCUGUGGAUGAGGCUGAGAAGUCCUACCACAGCCACCGGCGCCGGCGCUGGCUGCGCACCCGCCGCAGGGACCCCGCACCACAGGGACCCCAGCAGGAUGUGGCCACAUCCCUCCAGCUGCAGAGCCGCGGGGGGGCGGCGGGCACGGAGGGCUGGGAGUAUGGCUCCCUCUGGGGCUGCCGCUUCCACCUCCGGCCACGGCCGGGGGACGUCUGCCGGAGACGCCGCUGGCAUCGCAGCUUGGUGCCCCUGCGGCCAUCGCCCCUGGCACCUCUGUUCACGCUGGAGGGCACCGAGGUGGGAGAGCAGCUGGGGAGCACUGGGGAGGAUCCGGGCACGGAGGAGCCGGCCGAGGACGACGAACCGGCUGCGACCGAGCGGCGGCCGCGGGGCUGCUCCCGGAUCCCCCCGCAGCAGCCUCUCAUCCUCUGCACCUUCCAGCGAUCCAACUUCUUCCAGCUCCGCUGCUACAUCUUCCAGGCGCUGGAGCUGGCACCGCCUGGCACCAAGACCACCGCAGACCCCGUCGCCCACGUCUCCUUCGUGCACGUCAGCCAGAGCACCCGGGCGCUGCCGGGCACCCUGGACCCCCUCUGGGACCAGACGCUGCUGCUGCAGCGGGUGCAGCUCUACGGAGACCCCCGCAGGGUCCGGGACGAGCCCCCCGCAGUGGUGGUGGAGAUCUUCGACCAGGAAGGGGGGGUGCGGCACCUAGGGCUGGGGGGCACCCAGGGCUGGGAGGACGCCCCGGGGGGGGUGACAGGGACGGGGGUGGCAGGGAUGGAGGCAGCAACAAUGAGGGGUGCCAGCGGGUUCCUGGGCAGGAGUGUUUGUGCCCCUGAGGUGUGGCUGGACGUGCGGCGCCGGCGCCCCCCCCGGCUCCGGCGGUACCCCCUGUGGGGGCCGAGGGGGGCAGCCGGGGAGCUGUUGGCAGCCUUCGAGCUGCUGCACGACACCGAGGAUGGAUCCCUGGCAGAGGUCAGCACCCCCCCGGGGAAGGAUGGGGUCCUCAGCGUCCCCACGGACAUCCGACCCCUCCUCAGGCUGGUGGCACUGGAGGUGCUGGCCUGGGGGCUGCGGGGGCUGCCUGGCAGCGUGCGGGCACCCAGCCUGGAGGUGCAGUGCGGGGGGCAGACCCUGCGGACCCCCCCGAUCCCCGACCCCGCCACCAACCCCAAUUUCCCCAUCAACGCCUUCCUGCUGCUGCUGCGCUUGCCCGCGGAGGAGGAGUUUGUGCCCCCGAUCCGGCUGCGGGUGCUGGACUCGAGGGGCUUCGGGUACCGGCCCGAGGUGGGGCAGGGCUGCGUCAGGGACCUGCGGCAGUUCUGCUGCCAGCCCCACGGCCAGGGGCACCCCCGAGGCGAGGAGCAGCCCCCCAGUCCCUCACCCCCCGCGCCUGGCGCCAGGACGGCUCUGCCCAGCCUUGCCUCUCCCUGGGCCAGGAUCGCUCAGAUGCUGCCCAGGAUCACCACUGAGAAGGCUGCAGCCAAGGUGGGCAUGGGUGUGAGGCCAAUCUACAGCUGCGAGCUGGAGGCAGUGCCUGAGUUCGAGGGGCUGCAGGACUUCUGCAGGACCUUCCCCCUCUACCAGCCUGGGCACCACCCUGUGCCAGGGGAGGAGCCGGUGCCCGUGGGCGAGUUCAAGGGGCUGUUCCACAUCUCCCCCAUGCCCGAGGCCCCGGAGGCGCCCCCUCCCCCGCGCCGCUUCCAGCAGCUGCCUCCCAGCCGGCCCCAGCGGUGCCUGGUCAGGGUCUACAUCGUCCGAGCCUUCGACCUGCCCCCCCGCGACAGGAACGGGCUGUGUGACCCCUACGUGCGCGUCUCGCUGGGCAGCACCACGCUGGGGCAGAGGGACCAGUACGUGCCCAACACCCUGGAGCCUGUCUUUGGCAGGCUGUUCGAGGUGACUGGCACCAUCCCCCUGGAGAAGGACCUGAGGGUCUCCCUGCUGGACUAUGACCUGCUGCCCCCCGACCAGGAGAUUGGCACCACCACCAUCGACCUGGAGAACCGCCUGCUCUCCCGCUUCCGUGCCCACUGCGGGCUGCCCACACGCUACCACACCACCGGCCCCGGGUGCUGGAGGGAUCAGCUGCCCCCCAGCCGGGCACUGGAGCACUUUGCCCGUGCCCAGGGGCUGCCGGUGCCCGAGUUCAACGCCGAGGGCACCGCUGUCACCUUCGGGGACAACACCUUCCUGCUCAGCCACUUCGAGAGCGCCCCCCCCGGGCACCCACCGCCGGGGGUGCCCCGCGAGCGCCUGGCACUGCACCUGCUCCACUCCUGCCACCUUGUCCCUGAGCACCUGGAGACCAGGACCCUCUACAGCAGCACCCAGCCGGGCCUGGAGCAGGGCAAGGUGCAGAUGUGGGUAGACAUCUUCCCUGCCAGCCUGGGACCCCCUGGACCCCCAGUGGACAUCACCCCCCGCAAGCCCCAGAGGUUCGAGCUGCGCUGCGUGGUGUGGAACACGCGGGAGGUGGACCUGAGGGACAGCAGCUGGGGGGGGCAGAGGAUGAGCGACAUCUACGUCACCGGGUGGCUGGACGGGCUGGAGGAGCAGCGGCAGAGGACAGACAUCCACUACCGCUCGCUGCGGGGCGACGCCGCCUUCAACUGGCGCCUGGUCUUCAGCUUCCACUACCUGCCGGCGGAGCAGCUCUGCGUCCUGCCCCGCAAGGAGCAUUUCUGGAGCCUGGACGAGACGGUGCUGAAGGUGCCCCCCAAGCUCAUCCUCCAAGUGUGGGACAACGACAAGUUCUCAGCUGAUGAUUUCCUGGGUGUCCUGGAGCUGGAGCUCACCAGGCUGCCGCGGCCGGCCCAGAGCCCCCGGGACUGCACCCCCGAGCCACAGGGCACCCCCCGGAGCUCCUGGCCCUGGCAGGGGGCGAGAGCCCCCCCCCGGCUGUCCCUCUUCCGGCACAGACGUGCCAGGGGCUGGUGGCCUUGCACCGUGCAGGACGGGGCGCAGCGGCGCCUCUCGGGCAAGCUGGAGCUGAGCCUGGAGCUGCUGACGGCAAAGGAGGCUGAAGAGCGACCUGCAGGGAAGGGUCGGAAGGAGCCCAACAUGCACCCAACGCUGCCAGAGCCUCCGAGGCCGGAUUGGUCCUUCCUGUGGCUGCAGGCUCCGCUGCGCUCCCUGCGCUACAGCCUGUGGCAGCGGUACCGCUGCCGGCUCAGCCUGGCGCUGGCCCUGCUGCUGCUGCUCGCCCUGCUCCUCGCCUUCGUCUAUGCCGCCCCGGGUUACUUGGCCAUGAAGUUGGUGAACCCCAUCCCGAGCCUGCAGCUUGCUGCUGGGGAGCACCAGGGGCAGGCUGGGGGCAAGCCCUGA